AUGGUAUAUUUUUCUUCAGUUUUGCAUUUCCUAGACUCUUAGGAAACUCGCUUUCUUCCAUUAUUUUAAUGCAAGGACAUUACAAUGAAACGACCACUAAUGCAUCAGAGUCUGGCAAUAUUAAAGUAUGUGGUGCAGAUUUAUGUCCAGAACACUCAGUAACUGAGAUACAGUUCUCCUUACCAGAUCCACUGACGGUCAAAAUACUCAUGUCUGUAUUUGUAACAUUCAGCAUUAUUGGUUUACUGUUAUGCAUUUUCUUACUACCGCCACUUCCAACCACCGUAACGUCCACAAACAACAGCGUCAUCAGAAAGAUGUUAUCCGCCACCUGUUUUUGUCUCCGAGUGAACACAGAAGUAGAGAUGAUUCUUUUUAUUCCGUCCAUUGUGUUGUUGUCAUCUGUGGAAACCUUCCGUUGGAUUGGCGUCUCCAAGGCCUAUAUAAGCUGUCCCUUUGGUGUACAAUUUGUCGGAUUUUCAAUGGCUCUGCAUGGACUCUUAAGCGGAGUUUCUUCCAUUUUCCUUCCACGAUUGGCAAAUUUUAUCAGCAGAAAGUAUGUAGUGACUUCUUUGAUAAUUGGAAUCACUAUAACGCAUGUAGUUUUCUUGAUAUGGACACCGGUAAACGAUGAACUGCCCCAAAUGAUGGGGUUUAUUUCCAUACAGGGAGUGCUAGAGGGGGGACUCAGUACAAUGCUAUGUGCUUUCCUGUCAUUUAUGUACCCAAAGAAAACAGAUGCAGCGUUCGCUAGCUUGGCUACAUGGAAAUCAUUAGGAAACACAGCAUUUAUAAUCCUUGCUUACUACCUCUGUGAAAGUGCAAGGUUGUAUAUUAUUUACGCCCUCUGUAUCCUCUCUAUGACCACCUACGUUGCCUUGGAAUUACGUUUGAGACUGAGAAAGAACAAACCUGAAAUUAAUGAUGAGCAGGAGGAUGAGAGCAACAAAGAGUUAAAGAUGUCUGACGAUUAAAUAUUGCUUAAUUUUAUUUGAAAUAAGUAUAUUUGGUGAAAAUACCAGCUGUUUAUCUCAUUUCCGCUUAUUUUCUUAGGGAGUUCAGUUCAGCUGCCAGUUCUUUAUUACAUUGGUUAAAAGAAUUCUUGAAUUUAUUCUAAAGCAGGCUCGUAGUACGCAACCCCUCUUUUUUUCUGAGAAUAGUUAUUUACUGCAGUUUUUUUUUAUUUGGAUGCUACUUGCAACCCCCCCCCCCCCCCCUCACACACACACACACACUUUUAGUGGCUGUGGGCAAAUUUCAGCAUUUGAAGAAAAAAAAUUGUACCGAAUAGUUAGAGAAUAUCCCCCUUUCCUAUACACAUGAAAUAGGAUUUUAGAGUUUGGACAUUUUAGAGUUUUUUUCACUUGCUUGUAAACUUUUUCCCGGACCCCCCCCCCUUUUUUUUUUGGAAAACCUGUAAAGGAUGCAAUAUGUGAAAAGUCUAUGGUUUGUGUGGAUUUAUUUCUGUAUAAAUGUUUAUUUUAAAAUCAGUCAUGUUCGCUAUUUUCCAGCGAAGAGGAAAGUCGUGAAUUAAAUCAGCAUACACUGUAGUAAACCUAACAUCAUCAUUAUACCAAAAUGUGAAUUGAAAAUUCAGGCAAUUUAUAUUCCCUGCUAAGGAAUAGAAUAAGCGAG